GGAACUUUCCUAAGUCAGAGACUUUAGGACUCGGGACCUAGAACCAGAUGGUCCGGAGGAGAAGCAGCAGCCGCCGCCGCCGCCGCCGGAUCUGAGCCAGCCCAGGUGGGCAGCGCAGCUGGGAAGCCGGACCCAGCACCAGAGACUGAGGCAGGAGUUGCAGGCCCCCCACGUCACCUUUGGCAGCUUGAUCCUGUGGCUGGGGGGCCCCCCCUGCGGCGUCUCCUCCUCCCUGCACCCCCCCUUUGCUUUCAUGCAACGCCUGGUGGCCUGGGACCCAGCAUGCCUCCCCAUCCAGCCGCCCGCCUUUAAAUCCAUGGAAGUGGCUAAUUUCUAUUACGAGACGGACUAUUUGGCUGCUCUGAGCAAGCCGAAGCCGCGGGCGGCAGGGGGCCGCUCCAUGACCGAGCUCACCGUCGGGGACCACGAGAGAGCCAUCGACAUCAGCUCUUACCUGGACCCCUUAGCAUCCCAGCAGCCGCCGCCGCCGCCUCCUCCUGCAGCGGCGGCAGCAGCAGGGGGCAACUUUGAGCCUCCCUGCAGCAGCAGCAGCCAAGAUUUCCUCUCCGACCUCUUCGCCGAGGACUAUAAAGGCGGCAGCAAGAAGCCCGACUACACCUACAUCAGCCUGCCCAGGCACUGCCACCCGGGCGGCGGCCAGGGCCACAAGCCGGGGGGGCUGCUGACCUGCUUCCCGCCCCAGAUCGUGGAGACCAAAGUGGAGCCGGUCUUCGAGUCCCUGGACUCCUGCAAAGGGCCCCGCAAGGAAGACGGCGGCGCGGGGCCGGGGGGCAUGUCCUCCCCCUACGGCAGCACCAUGCGCUCCUACCUCGGUUACCAAUCGGUGCCCAGCGGCAGCAGCGGCAACCUGUCCACCUCGUCCUCUUCCAGCCCCCCCGGCACCCCCAACCCGUCCGAUUCCUCCAAGUCCGGCGGCGGGGGCUACGCCGGGGCCCCCGGGGGCAAGAACAAGUCCAAGAAGAGCGUGGACAAGCACAGCGACGAGUACAAGAUCCGCCGGGAGAGGAACAACAUCGCGGUGCGCAAGAGCCGGGACAAAGCCAAACUGCGCAACCUGGAGACGCAGCACAAAGUCUUGGAACUGACCGCCGAGAACGAGCGGCUGCAAAAGAAAGUGGAGCAGCUCUCCCGGGAGCUGAGCACCCUCCGGAACUUGUUCAAACAGCUGCCCGAGCCCCUGCUGGCCACAUCUGGCCACUGCUAGCCCCAGCGUUGGACACUGCUACAGCCGCAGUGGUUGGGGUUGGGAGGGGGAGAAAGGGCUUGAAUUUGGGGAAGGAGGAUGGGGGGGGGGGGAGGGAUCUGGUGGCUGCUUUUUCCCUCCACUAUGAGGACAGAUUGGAUCGGGGCGGGGGAAGAAAUGGGGAGAGACUCAAGCUUGGGUUUUGGUUUGUUUGUUUUUUUUUUUCGGUCGUCUUUCGUUUGCAAUUUGGUGGAAGAAACUUCCGCCGCAGCCUGUUUGUCCUAGGAGGGUCCUCGGCACCUUGUGGCGGAAUGACAGUUGCCGAUGGUAAUGUUGUUUUUUUAUGUUACAAUCCCACCGAGCCCCCCCUUUCCCCGAAGCGGUCUCUCUGCAGAGUUUGUUGAAUGUUCGUGUUAUUUAAAACAGAGCGAGAGAGGGAGAGAAAAAGCCGAGAGUGAUGCAAUCCUUUAAACAUGGCUGGGAAUGCUGUGUACACAUGAUGCAAUCUCGUGUAACUGUCAGUCAUGGAUUGAGUAAUCUGUUAAAGAUGUUCCUGCGGUUUUUUUUAUUAUAAAGAAUAAUCUAUUUCUAUAAGAAAAACACAUAUGUAUAUUUUGGGAUCUAUAAACGUUCUUGCUACAUUUGAAGCAUUAAUGAACAAUUUUAAUAAACUUUAUGGCUAGGAAAAAAAGGAAAUUUGUUUUAUUUUAAAGGCACUUUAAAGCCAGAAUGAAAUCAGUUGAAAUGCCAGCUAGAUCUGGCUGUGUCAGGAAUCAGGGCUUUCUGUUGGCCUUUUGACUUUCUCUGUGACUCAGCAAAAAAACCGGGCGAGAACCAGAGAAGAGCAGCUAGCUGUAGGAGCCUCAGCCAGUUCCCCCUUGCUGCCUCACUGAAUUUCCUCUAAUCCCUCGAGUUAAAUACUGCUUGGGAUUUUUGCAACAGUCAUAACUCUCAACAGGACAAGACCCAGAUGUGCCAUCCAAACCAUGAAAAAUGUUUGACAAAGUCCCUCCAAGUGAGGGACAAGGUUAAAGUGUUGGAGAGGGUGGGGAAAAGAAAAAGUAAAUGAGGAAGCUUGAAAUCAGGUGGGAGUCUUUCUUUAAAGCUCAAGUUUUUGUAGCCACUCAGUUUCGUGACUCAGCAUUUCUGACAUCUAUGGUUUACAGCAAUGAAUAGUGAUAACAUGGAAUUUUUUGUGUUGGACGGCGGUUGGGCCAGCAAUGAGGGACCUCUCUUUCACAUAACUAGGCCCAGUGAGAAAUGUGUGAACAACUCUAUAAUUUCCUACUGAGCCUUCUUUUAAAAACGUGUUUCUAAAAGAAGCUGCUGAUACAGUUGAGUUUUUGAAAGGUGGGUGUGUGGUGAUGGUGGUGGUAAUGAUUUAGGGUAAAAGGUCGGGUAUAGGAGGAUGUAUGUAAGGAGCCGUAAGAACUUUGUGACAAAGAUAAUAGAGGCUCUGCCAGCAGCUGUACUAUGUGGGAUUUGUCAAGGCCUGUGAGUUGCAUAUGUCAUGGCUCUCUAUAGUUUGCUCUUGUGUAUGUGCCUGUAAAAUGUUACGAGAGUCUAGAGCUGAUUACGUGCAGGGAGUUGGGUACAUGUUCAGGUCUUAUUCAGCAUUUUCCAGCAUACUAGGCGUGCUCUAAGCACAUCCAUCUUCUAAAUCCAGAUGUCGAAAACUACAGGAAAGAAUUUCCUUAACCCCUCUAUACUGUGCUUUACAGUAGGGCACAAAGGUUCUGCUUCUUUAAGGGUGUGGGUUUGAACUUGCUGCCUGUUAUAUAUUUUACUGUAAAGGACAGUGAUUGGGAGUGGAUGUGGAGCAGCCUUACAUUUGGUGUUUGUUGAUACUGAUUUUACUCACGAAAUAUGUCGUUUAAUGAGGCAGUUGUUUUUAAUUUUCAGUCACAAUGAUCACAUCUUCCUCAGGCAGGGAAAACUCCUAGAGUCUAUAGUGGAGUUGAUCAAGUAACUCUCUGUUCAUGAAAAUCCCCCAUAGCCCUCACUAGGAGCUAUGCAAGAGUAAGGAGUGUGGGAUUAGAUUCAGUGCAGCUGUAUUUCCCUUUUGCUUUGCAGUUUUUACAAAGUAAUUAAGGGGCUUUUCUGAGCCCCUAGAAUCAGGCUUUUUUGGGUUAUCUAGUCAACCCUCCUGCACUGUGGCAGGUUAGCUUCUUGCAGACUGGAUGGAUGUAAGGUCUUGCCUUGAAUCUACCUAGUGAUGGUGAUUUCCACAACCUCCCCUUACCACUGGUUCCACUGUUGAACUGUUCUUCUAGUUACAAAACUUAUCCUAAUAUUUAGAUCCUAUUCUCUUCUCUGCAGUGAAGGCCCAUUUAUUAUCAAACUUGUGAUAGUUCUGAGUUACAUGGGAGGACUGCUGGCUUUAGAGUUGCUGAAUGAAGGGCUGGAAAUAUCCCCAGGAACAUUUCUUAUUUCAUUUAUAAAGGACAACAUUUCCAUCCAAAUCUUUGUGUGGAGGGCAGAUGUGAGGGGGAAUGGAAUUGAAAGAGAAGACAUAUUAAAGAUCCUAAUAUUUGUUUAAAAUAACAUUAUAAAUCAGUGGGCCAAAUUCCAGCAGUGGAGUUGCACCAGAGAUGAUGGAUGGGCUAACCCGUUGCCUUUAAGCCUGGAAUUGCUAUAAUUUAACUGGGACCCAUACAGCUGUAAUCAAGACAGAUUGACAGGGGUACUGGCUGGAACAAUUUUUAUUGUGAGGGUGCUGAGACCCAUUGAAUCAAACUGUAAACACUGUAUAUAAUGGAAACCACUUCGAGUCAGGGGGUGCGGGAGCACCCCCCUGCACCCCUAUUUCCAGCACAUAUGCAGAUUGAUAUAAAGACUACUUGGAUUAUUGCUACAGAAUCUAAUGCCUCCCUUAAUUUGGACCAUGUGUAACUCAGAUGGAAUGUAUCAGUGCAACACUGAGCUUUGGUGAGGUAGGUAUUACUACCCCUAGUUUACAGAUAAAAACUGAAGCAAAAUGUUGUAAUUUGCCAAAGGCCUCAGAGGGCAUCUGUGUCAAAGCCAGGAUAAGAAUUCAUGAAUCCCUGGUUUUGUAUGUUUUAACCAGCCACCUACCUUACAGUGGAGCAGCUUUGCAAUGUUUUUAGGUGUGUAUGGGUCAUGGAAUAUUAGUCUUCAGAAAAAAUACCUCACAAUUAAAAGAUUUCCUAGUAUAAAAUAUGCAGGGACUGUUAUCUGGGGGGAAACAGAAACAAAAAUGAAAUAAACAAAGCAAUCUGUGCAAUUCAUUGAAGCAUGAUCACAGCAGAGAAACGGGGACCGUCCCUGUCCAAAUCUAGCUCAUUCUCAAAUAUUGAUCUAGAGUCCCAUUAA